ACUGGGACAACACGGGGACAGCCCCAGGGCAGAACUGCCGCCACGUCUCUGGGGGUGAUGGUGCCCGUGUCCCCCACAGGGCAGCCUGGAGGAUGGCCGCAUCUUCGACACCUCGCUGAGCCGGGACCCGCUCCAGGUGGAGCUGGGCAAGCGCCAAGUCAUCCCUGGCCUGGAGCAGAGUCUGCUGGACAUGUGUGUGGGGGAGAAGCGGAGAGCUGUCAUCCCCCCUCAGCUGGCCUAUGGCAAGCGGGGCUCCCCUCCCACCAUCCCAGGUGAUGCGGUGCUGCGGUUCGAGGUGGAGCUGGUGGCUUUGUCCCGGGCCAGUUACUGGCAGAAGGUGGUGAACGAGGUGGUGCCACUGCUGUGCCUGGGGCUGGUGCCAGCGCUGCUGGGGCUCAUCGGGUACCACCUCUACCGCAAGGCCAGCAGCCCCAAGCUCUCCAAGAAAAAGCUGAAGGAGGAGAAGAGGAACAAAGCCAAAAAAAAAUAAAAGCUUCCCCUUGGCA